AUUCUCAUCGCAGGUUCAUCGUCAAGACCGACAGACGACUUGGUAGAAUGAAUGGCAGGCAUAAGCAGAAGAUAUAGCGCUGUCUCUCUUCUACUGCCGCAGAAGCACUACGCUUUGCAGCAGGCGAUACCAUGCCUGCCAGCCUCCUGGAGCACUCUCCGCUCUGCUCCCCCUCCUCGUCCUCACGUCGGAUAUUUCUCCACUACAAGGAGCCAGGAGAAGCGCCGCACCCGCCGCGAUGAGGCGGACAAGCGCCCUUCACUCUCCUACUGGGUCAACUCUCGCCUUGUCGUGUACGAGGAAGAGAUCCUGGCCAACCCCUUUUACCGCAUGCUGGCCUCGCCGUUGAGGAGAUGUGUCAUUACGAAGCAGGUCAUGCCAAAGGACCUGCUCAUCUCUCUCAAGCCCGUCUUCUUACCUCCUGACCCUUUAGAGGAUGAAGAGGGGGGGAAUACGCCAGUCGGCAAGGCAAAAGCAUUGGAAGAGGCAUUCGUACCGGAUAACAUCCUUCACCCGUACUUUGUGCCCAGCAAACCUGGUCCCAGCGCCUACUUUUGCGCUACAAAGUCCUUUCUGAGGGAUCUGAUCAACAAUUCACAGGCUAGACGAUCAUCGAGUGCUGCUCCAUCUUCCGAAUCUUCCCGAGCCAGCAAGGGCAAAGGUCAAAACCACCUGCGUCUCGUCUCUCCUACUGCCUACCUUCCCGACCGCAUUGAAGCCAUGAUCACCCAUCAGCUGCAGACGCGUGUAUUGCAGGAGGUGGAGCUCCUCUUGACAAGGAGGGGAGAGGAUAAUGAGGCGAGGAGAGUGCUCCUGAUCCAAUCGAGGGGGAAACCACCGACUUCGAUUCUUGACUUCUCCCCCUCCACCUUAUCUUCGAGUCUUGCACCCGAGGGGAGGGGUGCAGAGGUAGCUCUCCCAUUGCACUAUCGUGUGCAUGCAAUCUUCACGCCUCAGCAGGCCGUCACACUCAAAGAGGAGCUGGGCUUAUUCCUCGAUAUAGAGGUCGGUGAGAAGGUGGGGUUGCCCCAGACGGCUGUGCUGGGGCCCUUGGCCGUGGCGCUUUGGCGGCUGCGGAAUUGGGUGGUAGGUGAUGGGAGAGGUAUUGAUGAUGAGGAUGAUGAGUAGACUGAGGGUGGGAAGUAAGGUAGUCACUUUUAUCGAAGCGUCGAAGGAAAGUUAGAUGCAGGGCCAUUGUACAUGUCCUCCCCAUCACUCCAGAUACCCAAAUGCAAGCACAAUGUCUUUUUACAACGUCACAUCACUGAGAGUUCCGGACGAAAUAUAUUUGCUUUCGAC